GAGCUCCAAGAUAUAUUUUGACUUUCACCUCUUUUCAAUCCAAAACCCUCAGAUUUUUUUCACUUUCUGUCUCUCUCUUAAACAAUUCCAGCAGUAUAAAAGAGAGAUUUUUGAUACAUUAGAAUAAUUAAGAACUUACAGUAUUAUUGUUUUUUAAUUCUCUGAUAUUUCUUGCCCCAAUUCUUCCUUUUCUUUAUCGUUUUCUCUUCUCUCUCUCUCUUCUGCAACAAAAAUCGGAUCGAAGGAGAAGAAGAGAGGGAUCCCUAAUCCAAUCCAAAACCAUGGUUGAAACUAGACGAAGUUCUGCUUCCUCUAAGAGAUCUUUACCUGCUACUGCAUCAACUACUUCUUCAUCUUCUCCUUCUCCUAACCCUCCCAACAAACGCUCAAAGGCUUCUGAAGGAUCAUCAUCGCAGGUACCGGCAACUUCACAACAACUUGCAACCCAAGGUGGUUCUGAGUCUCAUGAUGAAGAACUUCGUCAAUCUGAUCCCAUUGUUGAUCAAGAUGCUGCUACAAAGGAAUCAACAACUGUAGCUCCAGAACCAGCUUCGGUGGAGAAAUCAGAUGUUAACGGUGAAAAUGGUGGAGGACCAACUGAUAUGGAGGUGGAGAAAUCAACUAAGUCCGCCGUGGCAACAAAGAGAAUUCCUCAGCGUUUGCAGAAAUCAGCUUCUAAGAUUCCAUGGGGAAGACUUAUAUCUCAAUGUUCUCAGAAUCCACACCAGCAUAUUUCUGGUACUCAAUUCUCGAUUGGUCAAAGUCGGACCUGCAACUUAUGGUUGAGAGACCCAGCUGUCAGUCCAGUUUUGUGUAGGCUGAAACAUGUAGAGAGAGGAGGUUCAUCUGUUGCCCAGCUAGAAGUAGUAGGGGGGGAGGGUGUUGUCCAAGUAAAUGGGAAGAUAAUUGACAAAAAUUCCAAUGUGAUCCUUAAUGCUGGAGAUGAGGUGGUGUUCAAUUCAUCUGGUAAACAUGCUUAUAUUUUCCAGCAGCUCAAGACUGAGAGCAUAACUAGUGCAGCCCUGCCUUCUUCACUGGGCUUAGCAGAAGCACAUGGUCUGCAGUUUGAAGCAAGGUCCAGAGACCCAGCUGUUGCCGGAGCGUCAAUAUUAGCUUCUCUUUCAAAUCUUAGAAAAGAUUUAUCGCUUCUUCCUCCUCCUACCCAAACCGGCGAGGAUGCACAGCAUGGUUUAGAAAGGCCUAUACUACCAUCUGGCUGUGAAGUGCCAGAUGACGUUGAAACCAAUUCUCCCGUUCAUAAGAGCGGUUCUGAAAACAAUGACACAGAUGGUGUCUCUGUAAGUGAGAAGGAUGCUCUUCUAGCUGCCGAUCUUCCUGCUAAUGAAAGCCUGAAUUUGGAUAACCUUCCCAUGGGUGCUCGUAUUGAUAUCGAAAUCGGAAAGGUUCCUGGUUCAAAUUAUGAUCUAAGGUCUCUACUGCGUAUGCUGGCGGCUUCUGAAUUUGAUUUAAAUGGGGGAAUUUUCAAAAGUCUUGAUGAGCACAGGGGACUUAGAGAUCUCUUUAAGGAUCCCGACUCAACCACGUUGUCCGCAACUAGAUCCCAAGCAUUUAAAGAUAGUUUACAGCAGGGAAUUCUCAGUGCUAGGGAUAUUGAAGUCUCUUUUGAUAACUUCCCCUACUAUCUGAGUGAGACAACGAAGAACGUCUUAGUUGCAUCCACAUUCAUAAAUCUUAAGUGUAACGAAUUCACGAAAUACACUUCAGAUCUUCCUACCAUAAGCCCACGAAUAUUGUUAUCUGGUCCUCCAGGUUGUGACAUAUAUCAAGAGACCUUGGCAAAGGCUCUGGCUAAACAUUUUGGUGCUAGAUUGCUUGUGGUUGAUUCUCUCUUGUUGCCUGGUGGACAAUCUCCGAAGGAUACAGAAUCCAGCAAAGAGAGUUCAAGAUCAGAGAAAUUGGUCGCAGUUAGUAAGCAAAGAACCUCACUUGUGGAAUUACCCAUACCGCUAAAGAGACCAGCUUCAAGUGUUGAGGCUGAAAUUACUGGUGCAUUUAGUUCUCAAACUCUGCCAAAGCAGGAGACAUCAACUGCAUCAUCUAAGAGCUAUACAUUUAAAACAGGCGAUAGAGUAAGAUAUAUGGGUACUCCACAUUCUCCCGGCUAUCCUCCUCUUCAGCCUCCUUCGAGGGGUCCAUCUUCUGGUUACCGAGGCAAAGUGGUUCUUGCGUUUGAAGAAAACGGAUCUUCAAAGAUUGGAGUUAGAUUUGAUAAGUCAAUUCCUGAUGGUAACGAUUUGGGUGGCCUUUGCGAAGAAGAUCAUGGAUUCUUUUGUGCUGCUGAUGCGCUUCGGUUAGACAGUUCAGCAAAUGAUGAUGUUGACAAGCUUGCCAUCAGUGAACUCUUUGAGGUUGCUUCAGCUGAGAGUAAAAAUGGUCCUUUAAUAUUGUUACUGAAAGACGUAGAAAAGUCUAUGGUAGGCAUUCCUGAAGCGUAUCAAUCCAUCAAGACUAAACUUGAGAAUCUUCCUACAAAUGUCGUUAUAAUUGGUUCACAUUCACAACUUGACAACCGUAAGGAGAAGUCACAUCCUGGUGGUCUUCUGUUUACAAAGUUUGCAAGCAACCAAACAGCUCUACUCGAUUUCGCUUUUCCGGAUAACUUUGGCAGGUUACACGAGAGAGGCAAAGAAAUCUCAAAGACCACGAAGCAACUGGUUCGGCUUUUCCCAAACAGAGUCACCAUACAAUUACCACAGGAUGAGACCAUGCUUCUAGAUUGGAAACAGCAGCUGGAUCACGAUAUUGAAACUCUGAAGAUAAAGUCAAAUGCUGCUAGCAUUCGUGCUGUUCUUACCCGCAAUAAGUUGGAGUGCCCUGACCUUGAAACAUUAUCUAUUAAAGAUCAAACCCUAACUACUGAGAGCGUGGACAAAAUUGUUGGUUGGGCAUUAAGUUAUCAUCUGAUGCACAGUACUGAUACUAAUGUCAAAGAUUCGAAACUUGUUAUAUCUGGCGAAAGCAUUAAGUAUGGACUUGACCUUCUUCAGGGACUCCAAAAUGAAACCAAGAGUACAAAGAAAUCACUAAAGGAUGUAGUUACUGAGAACGAAUUCGAGAAGAAACUUUUGGCUGAUGUUAUUCCACCAACUGAUAUUGGAGUCACUUUUGAUGACAUUGGAGCCUUGGAACAUGUUAAGGACACACUGAAGGAACUAGUUAUGCUUCCUCUACAAAGGCCAGAACUGUUCUGCAAAGGACAACUGACAAAGCCAUGCAAGGGAAUACUGCUAUUUGGUCCUCCUGGUACUGGGAAAACAAUGCUUGCGAAAGCUGUUGCAACUGAGGCUGGGGCGAAUUUUAUCAAUAUUUCAAUGUCAAGCAUUACUUCAAAGUGGUUCGGCGAAGGGGAGAAAUAUGUCAAAGCAGUGUUCUCACUAGCUAGUAAAAUAGCUCCAAGUGUUAUCUUUGUUGAUGAGGUUGACAGCAUGUUGGGUAGACGUGAAAAUCCAGGGGAGCAUGAGGCUAUGCGCAAAAUGAAAAAUGAGUUUAUGGUAAACUGGGACGGUUUGCGUACGAAGGACAAAGAACGUGUGCUUGUUCUCGCUGCUACCAAUAGGCCAUUUGACCUUGACGAAGCUGUUAUAAGGAGGCUUCCUCGGAGAUUGAUGGUGAAUUUGCCAGAUGCAGCUAACAGAGCAAAAAUUCUAAAAGUCAUAAUGGCCAAAGAAGAGUUGUCUCCUGAUGUUGAUUUAGAAGCAGUGGCCAAUAUGACUGAUGGUUAUUCUGGAAGUGACUUAAAGAAUCUUUGUGUGACUGCGGCUCAUUGUCCCAUACGAGAACUUUUGGAAAAGGAAAAGAAGGAGAAAAAAUUAGCUAUGGCAGAGAACAAGCCGUUGCCUGAAUUGCAUGGCAAUGAAGACAUCCGUUCCCUAAAUAUGGAGGAUUUCAAAUUCGCACAUGAGCAGGUUUGCGCAAGUGUUUCGUCGGAGUCUUCAAAUAUGAAUGAGCUUGUGCAAUGGAAUGACUUGUAUGGAGAAGGUGGAUCAAGGAAGAAAACAUCACUCAGCUACUUCAUGUAGAGGAGGUUGGGAAGUUAGAGUGAGAGUGAGAGUGAGAGAGAGAGGAAUAUAAAUUUGUAAAGCCCAAUGGCGUGAGUUUCUCUUUGGUUCGGUUGAAAGCCCUCUCCAACUUUCCCCCUUGCUAAGAUUAGUUAUUGGAUGGGUGAACCGCUUCAGGUUCUAGUGUAUCAUAGUAUAGGAUGGUUGAUCAGUGAAUCUCAUAUUUAUACUUGUUAUUAAGUUAAUUUAUUGGUUAGAUCUAUACAUAAUGUAGCUUCUGUCAAAUAGAAGCUAUUUUGCUGCCUGUAAAUACAGAUACCGAACCAGACCAGCAAAAAAUUAUUUGGAUACAUGCCUGCUUGCCUUCCAUGUGUGAGAUCUUAUGCGGCAAUUCUGGCUAUGUGGUUUUCAUGUGUUUAACUGGAUCUUCUUUGUUUA